AUGAUCUGCCUUUGGGUCCUCUGUCUCGUCCUUUUCCCCUACUCCUUGUCCUAUCCCGAGAGCUGGAUGCCCCUCAUAAACCUAACCCACCAUAUCCUGCGUGAUACCAACUCCUCCUUUUUUCCCAACUGCUGGGUCUGCUUGUCCACCCGUACCCAGCGCUCCCUAGCGGUCCCAGCUCCUUUGUCCACUUGGACAGACUCACCCAUGAAGCUUCACCUCACGUACUCAGUCAAGCCCUUUUCUGGCUCCUAUCCCAUCACUGACAUUGAGAGGCGCCUCCAACUCUUCCCCCCGUUGACUGCCUCCUAUUCUUUCCACAAUCCUGACCGACGGGCUAUUGCUUUCCUUCAGCUCGUCAGUUCGACAGGCAUAUUCCCGAUCAUCACCCGACUCACCUCUGUGAUCUAUCCUGAUAAGGACCGCUUCUUUGAGUCUGCCCAGCGCCCUUUAUGGGGACCACUCUUUACUGAGACGCUCCUCAUGUCACAGGCUCCGCUCUGCAUAUCCCGCUCCUUCAAGGUCCCGGCUUACUCCACUUUUGUAGGCACGCUCUCUACCUCUCUCUGCAACUACACUCUUCAUAUAUCACCUUCCAAUAGUCAUGUAAACCUAGAUCUGUCCACUACCCAUCUAUUCAAACAGGCAAUGAAAAGACCAGAUGCCAAAUGGAAAAACCCGCUCCGCUUUUCGGGACCUCCCUCCCUAGUCUCCCCAGAGCCCUCUUACUAUCCGUGCCCAGCUGACAUCAAACACUGUCAUACCUCCCCAGCCACUCCCUGGAUGCGCUGUCCUCUCUCCUUGUCUGGCACCUGCUAUAAUCUCACUCUAUUUGAAACAGACAAUUUAACCCACCCUGUUACUAUGUCAGUGAACCCUACCUACUUCAAGCUCAAACUCCAGGGACACAGAGACCCCUAUCCACUCUUCCACUACCAGCCCCUCACAGGAGCUGCGCUGUCUGGACAAUAUUCUGUCUGGGAAAAUGAGGUAACUAUUCAAGAAAACUGGGGUGUCACCUCAAACACAUUCUCCCAUCUCCUCACUUUCUCAUACUCCUUCUGUCUCAACUCUUCAGGCGUUUUCUUCCUCUGUGGAACGUCAACUUACAUGUGUCUCCCGGCCAAUUGGUCCGGGGUCUGUACCCUUGUCUUCCAAUACCCAGACAUCGAACUUCUCCCCAAUAACCAAACGGUGUCUGUCCCCCUUUUUGCUUCAGUUCUUGCCUCAGCUUCUCGCCCAAAGAGGUCCCCUCACCUCUUCCCCUUCCUUGCAGGCCUGGGUAUCUCUUCUGCCCUUGGUACUGGUAUAGCUGGCUUGGCCUCCUCAACUUUUUAUUUCCAGAGGCUUUCAAAGGCUCUUUCGGACACCCUGGAUGAAAUGGCCGCCUCUGUCACUACACUCCAGAGCCAGAUAGACUCGCUGGCGGGUGUUGUUCUUCAAAACCGCAGGGCGCUGGACCUCAUCGUGGCCGAGAAAGGGGGCACCUGUCUCUUUCUCCAAGAAGAGUGCUGCUUCUAUGUAAACCAGUCUGGAAUAGUCCGAGAUGCAGCAAGGAAACUUCGAGAACGAGCAUCAGAACUUGGCCAACAUUCUGACUCUUGGGGACAGUGGCCCGAUCCUGGAUACUGGCUGUCAUGGCUGACUCCCUUCCUGGGACCUCUCCUCUUCAUUGUCUUCCUGUUGACAUUUGGGUCUUGUCUGCUUAACUGCCUAACCCGUUUUGUGUCUCGGAGACUUGGCUCCUUUGUCCAAGAUGCCACCAAAAGGCAUGUGGACAGUAUCCUUCAAAAUGUCCACUAUAAAAGACUGCCCCAAGAUGCCCAGAUGAAGACAUCGCUCCUGUGUACCAGGGAGAAGUUGGGAGAGCACCAGCAUUGCCCUCCUUACUUUCCAGUUAAUAGAAACCAAGUUGGGUAUUAG